AUCUUUUGUGUUACUGUACUACGCAUUCAACCAUCGAGCUUGUCCAGAGGUAGGUAAAUACUCAGCGGUAUAAUGAAUCAUAACAUGAAUUGAUAUUUAAGCAUUGUUGAGGACGCUAACUCGAAGCCAGUCUAGUGUUUAAUACGCACCUGCUCAAAUGAAGUAAAUACAGGAAAUAGUCAGGCUCAGCAGCUAACGCGCUCCCUGCUUUCCGCCAUCGUCGUUUUUCUCGGUCUUAAGUUUUCGGUUUGUAUCUAAACAACUGUUUAUACCAUUGUAUAAAUGCAGCAGAGUAUUUACACUUAGUAACCCUUUUCUCAUUUUGUCAUGAGGCAAAAACCUCAUCGUAUUUUAUUGGAAUGUUGUAAACCAGCAAAAAGCUUUACGUCACUGCAGCUCGGAAAUAAAAUUAUUUUCAUUUUUUGGGAAAGUUUGAAAAGUUUGGCAUUCAUUGGUAUUCAAUUCCCUUUACUAAAUAACAUUUAGUUACUAAACAACAAUAUAAAUUCAUUGAGGUCUUGAGAAGGCAACGCUUCAACUUGACAUCGGUAGAUUAUUUAAUAUUCUAUUAUAAUCUUAAUCUAUAUACAGCUGUUCUGUGAGGCAUGUGGCUUGUUUUUAUUCACGAACACACAUGAAUAGAUUAUGGAAAGGUUCAAUAUCUAUCUAUCUAUCUAUCUAUCUAUCUAUCUAUCUAUCUAUCUAUCUAUCUAUCUAUCUAUCUAUCUAUCUAUCUAUCUAUCUAUCUAUCUAUCUAUCUAUCUAUCUGCUCUUGCAGAGCUCUGUUCUAUCAGUCAUCUAGAUUCAAGAAGAAUCUGCUUGGAUCUAAACUGGAUCUCAAAAAAUAUGAAGACUUUCAUGUUCUUUGAGAUCAUGUAAGUCAAGUUCUCAACAUGACUUUCAUGAACUUUUAGCUCAACAUGAAAGUCACUACAUUUGGAGAAAAUCUAACACACUGAUCCCAAUAUUAUGUGAUGAUGGCAGCAUUGGCAGCAUCAUGCUGUGGGGAGAGAAGCUAGUCAGAGUUUGUGGCCCGAUGCAAACAGUGAAAUAUAAGACCUUCCUAGAAGAAAAUCUGUAAAGAUUUGUCUUUAUGCAGGUCAACAAACGUUAUAUAUGCUGUAUUUUCUUUUUACUUCCACUUUACAAUUAUACAACACAACACUUUUGCGAGGCACUUCACAACACACUGACCUUUUAAAAAUCUAUUUAACACCUAAAGUUAUUAUUAUUGUAGGAGGUAAUUAUCUGUGUUUGACCUGUUUAUAUUUUCUAUCUAAACAAUCAAUAGAAAUAUUUGCAGCUUAUUUUGUGUAAAGUUGUGUAUUUCGUGUGGAACAGGAUCGUCCGAACAUGACAUCCCGUGUUGGUCCCAGAACAGCCAGUACAAAUGGAAGUGACUUCAAACCCAGAGAAAAGGUGGCCCCACAUUACCAGAUGAGUGCUUCCUUGAAGUCAGAGGUUCGGAAGCUGAACUGGGUCCACCUUCUGAUCUGGUUGCUAGUGGCUGCACAAGUGAUUGUGAGCCACUUUGACCUGGUGUCACACGACACAGUGUCCAUACCGUACCAGUGGGAGUACCCCUACCUGCUCAGCCUCAUCCCCCUGCUCUGCAGCAGCCUGUCACUUCCAAACAAUAACAUCAGCUACCUGGUUAUAUCCAUGAUCAGUGCAGGGCUUUUCUCUGUGGCGCCUCUCAUUUAUGGUGGCAUGGAGAUGUUUCCUGUAGCUCAGCAGCUCUAUCGCCAUGGAAAAGCCUACCGCUUUAUUUUUGGCUUCUCUGCUGUGACUGUUAUGUACCUCAUCAUGGUGGUUGCUGUUCAAGUGCAUGCAUGGCAAAUAUACUACAUGAAGAAACUUUUAGAUUCAUGGUUUGAUGCCACUCAGGAAAAGAAGAAGAAAUGAAUGUAUAAAAAGGAUUGCUUCUGGAAAAUGUAUGUUUAUGUUGUAAGUUUCAUUCAGUUGCAUUUGUUAGAUCAGAAAAAUCCCACCGCAUAACAUAUUUAAGAUCCUAGAACAGUAAUAAGUAGCAGGUUUGCUUGCAUCUUGUGUCUGCAGUAACCAAUGAAAUCUUUGCACCUUCUUCAGUAAUAAGCAGGCUUCUGCUUUUCUCUAAAAAGAUCUCAGGUUACAGUGAUUUCAUUUUGCUCAUGCUUGCACAACAAAGACACAAGUUGUGUCAGUGUAUACAUUUUGCUCCUAAACUCCCAGUGUUUGUUCAUAUUAGGUGGUUUAUUUGGUCUCGUUUGAUUAUGUUAUGUAAAUUAUGAUUAUAUCUCUAUUUUUAGUGAGAAAAAAACUAUUAAAGAAGAAAUAAAAUCAUCAUAACCUC